UGGAAGAACAGGAUGAACUGUUAACUGCUGAGCCAUCUCUCCAGCCCCAAAGAACAUCCACCAUUGUUAGAUCCAUCACCCUGCAUCUAUCUUGGACAUCAUUAAAAGGGCUCAUCAGGAGUAUCUGAUAUUCAGGAAGACAGAGUUUCAGGGUUUCUGCCUGGAGAGCUACACCCUCCAGAAGCCCCUGCUUGGCUUCCCAGCACCCAACCCCAUCCCAACCAGUUACGACUUGGGCUGUGAUUGGUGUUUCUUGGAAACUGGAACACGGACUCCUCUUACUGCGCUCCACGCCCUUUUUCCUCAGUGAGCAGAAGACCAUAGAAGCUGGCUACUGAAGAGGCUGUCCAGAUGGCAGCGCACCUCACCGGCCUUGCUUAGCACCUUUACCACAGAACAGUCAGUCGCUGAGUGCUGAAUCUGUGCCCAGCACCCGCAGCCACUGCAGAGAUUCGUCAGGCCCCACGUCACUAAGGGCCACUCUAGAGAUCCCUCCAGAGAAGGCUAGCUCUUCAUAGGCUCCACACUGCCUGGAGUCCUACACCUCUAGGGCUGCAGAGAUCAGUAUCUCUCCACCUAUCUCUAAUCCACAUCCCAACUGGAAAACAUUGUGGACUAUUUUUGGUUUUAUUUUUAUCCUUUUGGCGAGAAGGGUUUUAAAUAUCACUUCAGCCCCUUUAGUAGUUAUAGUACUACUGAUAAUUUAUUUUUGUCUCUUGUGGAUGUAGUUUUAGAUAUAGUUUCUUAGGAAUUGGUCCAGUUUGUCUGUGUGUUUAAAUUCUCUGGCCUAAAGUUCCAUUUUGAAAUUCUCUGCUACAUAUAAUCUGUAGCUAUGUCGCCUUUUUCAUUGCUAAUACUGGUUAUUUGUGCCUUCUCCCUUUUUUUCUUGAUUAAUCUCACCAGAGGUUUGUCUAUUUUAUUAGUCUUUACAAAGAACCAACUUUUGGCUUUGUUGCUCCUCUCUAUUGUGUCUUUGUUCUCUAUUUCUUUAAUUUCUGCUCUUAUCUUUUUUGACCUCCUUCCUUCCACAUUUUUUGGGUUUAUUCUGCUGUUGUUUUUCUGACUUCUUAAAUUAAGUACCGAGCUCAUU